AUCUCCAUCAAGCAUCUCGUUGACUGAUCACCACGCAUCUCAACGACUCAACCCCACGCACUAUAUCCGCAAUGCGCCUCCGCCCAUUGCUCGCCCUUUCCCUCCCCCUCGCCGCCGCUUGGUCGUGCGACGCCGUGCCCCCCUCGAGCGGGAGUUUGGAUCUCUCGUCCCUUGCCGGCGUCAAGGAGGCGACGAAGGAUACAGAGACGCCCCCGACGAAGAACACCGCGCGCGUGCGGCUCGAUAUCUGCGGGAAACUGCCGAAGGAGGAUGGGGUGAAGGACGAGGAUCAGUGCCCAGACGGAACGCGCGCAUGCCUCACGCUCAUCAACCACAAGGAGGGCGCGAGCGAUCCAGACCGCGUGACGACCGUCAUCCCCCUCUGGAAGGAGGACACACCUGACAGCGACGUGCGGGUCACGGGCCGCGAAGGCGAGUGGACGGUGGCGGUCAAGUCGCCGGAGUACGCAGGCACGCCGCACACCCUCUCACUCAUCCUCACCUGCGCCGAGACAGAGUCCGGGCCCUCCCUCGAGUCGUACGCGGGCGGCAAGCUUGAGCUGCGCUGGUCCACGCCCUCGGUGUGCGCCGGCGCAUCGGACGGCAGCGGUGGCGGCGGCGGGUUUUGGGGGUUCAUCAAGUUCUGUUUCUGGGCGUCUUUCUUCAUUCUCAUCGCAUACUUCGCCCUAGGCGCAGUCUACAACCACCAGCAAUACGGCGCGCGGGGGUGGGACCUGGUUCCGCACCGCGACUUUUGGCGUGAGCUGCCCGCGCUCGGCCGCGACUUUGGCGGACAUGUCGUCGGCAACGUCCGCAGCUCGACGGGGCGUGGCGGAUACUCAAGCCUCGGAUAAAUAGACAAUGCAUAGACUACUACCGGUAGUUCCGCUCGGUGUAGCGCUCAUUGAGUGCGCCUAGUGCGGCCAGGCCACCGCCGUCGCGUGCGGCCGCGAGUGCGCCGACAUUCUUCUGGAACUCGACCCACUCACUCUCGCGCGGUGUCACUACUUUCUCGGCCACGUCGUAGACAUACACCUUGCCGUCGCUGCCGCCGAGCGCAGCCUUGCGCCCGGCCCCGCGGUCCCAUGCAAUCUUGUUCA